AUGGCCCUCACCCCCGAGCAGAUCCCCCUCAUCAAGGCCACCGUGCCCGUCCUGCAGGAGCACGGCGCCACCAUCACCAAGCUCUUCUACGACAACAUGCUCAACGCCCACCCCGAGCUGCACUCCGUCUUCAACGUCUCCAACAAGGUCCACGGCCACCAGCCGCUCGCCCUCGCCGGCGCCCUCUUCGCCUACGCCAGCAACAUCGACAACCUCGGCGUCCUCUCCCCGGCCGUCGAGCGCAUCUGCCACAAGCACGCCUCCCUCGCCAUCCAGCCCGAAGGCUACAACAUCGUCGGCAAGUUCCUCCUCGAAGCAAUGGGCCAGGUCCUCGGCGACGCCCUGACCCCUCCCCUCCUCGACGCCUGGGCCGCCGCCUACUGGCAGCUCGCCAACCUCAUGAUCGCCAAGGAGGACGCCCUCUACAAGUCCGCCGACGGCUGGACCGACUUCCGCGACUUCCGCGUCGCCAGAAAGGUCCCCGAGUCCGACCUCAUCACCUCCUUUUACCUCGAGCCCGUCGACGCCAAACCCCUGCCCUCCUUCCUCCCCGGCCAGUACGUCUCGAUCCAGGUGCCCGUCCCCCAGCUCAACCACCCGCAAUGCCGCCAGUACUCGCUCAGCGACCAGCCAGCCCCGACGUACUACCGCAUCAGCGUGCGCAAGGAUCCAGGCCUCAACCCCUCAGAUCCCUCGGCCCCGACACACCCAGGCUACGUCUCCAACAUCCUCCACGACACCAUCCACGUCGGCGACACCGUCAAGCUCACCCACCCCUACGGCGACUUCCACCUGUCCGACCCAUCCGCAUCAACCCCCCUCGUCCUGAUCUCCGCAGGCGUCGGCCUCACACCGCUAACAUCAAUGGUGAACACACUGCGAACCCCGUCCUCGUCCACGCGCCCCAUCCACUUCAUCCACGGCGCACACACCUCAUCCUCCCGCGCCUUCCACGCACACCUAGCAUCCCUGCCGAACCUGCGAACAACGCAUUUCCUCACCGCGCCAAGCGAGUCCGACAAGGAAGGCGAGACCUACACGCAGGCCGGCCGCGUGGAUCUAUCCAAGAUCGCCGACGCGGACCUCUUCCUCGACGACAAGGCCACCGAGUACUACAUCUGCGGGCCGACGGCGUUCAUGCUGGCUAGCAGGAGCGCGCUUGUUGCGCGGGGCGUGGACGAGGCGCGCGUGCACAUGGAGCUUUUCGGGACGGGUGGCGUGCCUGCGUGA